AUGCAAUUGCCUUACCUGAUCCGACGUUGUGACUUGGAUGUUGCCUUGGAUGUUGCUCUGCCCCUGCAUAUCGACGACAGCAAACUACGGACCGACCUAGAGGCACUGCCAUCAGAGGAUCCCGCUGCUCCUAUCCACCAUACUUACUUCUGCUACAACCAUGCGUUACUAUUCACAGAGCUUUGGGACUGCUUGUUGGGUCACGGCGCCCAAAAACCUCCGGACGACGCAAUGAUAAACACCUUCGACGAACGUAUUGCAGCAAAUAUCAGGGCAGACCCUUUGCAUCCUGACACAUGGUAUGGCCCUCUUGUUGACAAAGCCCAGUUCAACCAUAUAUGUAGCUAUGUUAAAGAAGCCAGGGCUUUGCUGGGUCUACUGGUAGGAGGUGUACCAUGUGGCCCGCAGAUCCCGAUGGGAGGGUUCCAGUUGAGUAACAUUGGUCGCAAAUUGGUCGAGUACACGUUGAGACACUAUACAGAGUCUAAAACAGGUUUUAUUAACAAACAAGACAUCAGAGUGCGAUGUCUGCCUGUCACGUGGGUGCCCUCUGGUUGCGAGCAUGAGACGUAG